AAUUUGUUAUUUUUUCUGUGAAAUCAAUUCAUAUCUUCGUCAUCAUGGCGAUCUGAUAAUAACUAGGGUUGGGGUUUCAAGAUUUAAAUUUCUUCCCCUAGUGUCUGUUUCGUUCAUCGCAUAAAUUAGAUCGGUUUCCUUUGUCUGCGCUUUCUCAUCCAUACACGUGGGUCUCUGGAUCUUGUGAUGAGAGUUUGAGAAAUGCCAUUUUAUGUCCGAUUCCGUCGGUUGUGAUGGGAUUUGGCUUCUUUUUGCGGGAUGUUUCAAUGAGACAUUCUUCGAUUUUGGACAAUAAAAAGGCACCUUUUCUUUUUACGAAGGGUAUCCUGAUUCGAAGAGGUUGUCGUAGGAAGUCAUACGUAUCGGUCUAUUGUUUAUGUCUUAUUUGCUAUGCUAAGCGUUUUCCGCGAGACUAAUUGUUCUGUUGCACAGGCACGAAUUGGUCAAGGUAUCGAAAUCAAAACGAGGGUAAUGGAGAACAAAAUUCAGGAGGGUGAAUAUUUGGCCCUAAUUAGUGAGCUCACUAAUACAAAUACUAUACAGAAUCAUGAGGUGGAGUUUCAGCAACCUGACAUUGAAAAACUGGAACUUGUGGAGGUGAAGGCUAAUACAGAAUGUUCAGAAGGUGCUUCUGAGAAUGAGAUAGAAUUCCUUUUGCGUAGAGUUAAAAGUACUGCAACAAUGCUUGCCUACCUGAAAUCUAAAGCAACAAUCAUGGCAAUUCCUCAAUUAGCUCAUACGUCAUGUGGGAUCAAACAUCAAGAGGGGGUAGGGCUUGUUGACAAACAUGGGAUACCAGUAUCUGAUUGGUUUAAGGAUGUUGAUUGCCCUUCCUCGGAAGAUUCAGAUGUGGAAGUUCAACUGACAAAUAUUCCUCAGUUUGAAUCUUUUGAUGCCAAUGAUGGAGCAUAUACUGGUGAAUUACUCAGUACAGUACACAUGGUAUCAGAUGUCAUGGAAUCUCUCAUUAAGAGAGUUAUCAUGGCAGAAACUGAAGCUGAUAAUCAGAAGGAAAAAGUGAAGUUGGGCAUGGAAGAAAAUACAAAGAUGACCCUUCAAAUUGAGAUCAUGUCAGCAAAGGUUGAAGAGAUGGAAAAGUUUGCACUUGGUGCAAAUAGUAUUCUGAAUGAAAUGCGGCAGAAGGUUGAGGAUAUGGUCGAAGAAACAUUAAUACAGCGACAACAAGCUGAAGAGAACAAGCAGGAGCUUCAUCGUGUAAAGCAGAACUUUGAGACAUUAAGAUCAUUUGUUAAAAGUCUUAUCAGUGUCAGAGAACUCCUCCUAUCAUCGGAGCAACAAUUUCAGACUGUUGAUGAACUUUUUGACAGGCUGCUUGUUGAGACGACUCAUUUACAGAAUGAUAAGUUUCAGAAGGAGGCUGAAGUUCAGAAGCUCAUUGAGGAGAAUGUGAGAUUGAGAGCUCUGUUAGACAAGAAGGAGGCUGAAUUACUAGCCAUGAAUGAACAAUGUAAGUUCAUGGCUAUUAGUAGUGGCAAUUAAUUGAUCAUAUAUUGAACAGUUGAAAUAUUCAACGUGGUGAUCCUUCUACCACACUGAAAGUUUGUGGUUAAAUUCUUUAACUGUACAGUUCUGAGUGUGCAAUGGUCAAGUACAUACAGCUUUUCGGACAUGUUGCAAAAUGUAACUGGCUGCUACAUUGAUCGACCAAAAUGUCACUGGGAUUUAUGAAUGUGCUAUCAUCAUUCUGAUUAUUAUUUCAGAGAA